CUUUCAAGCCGUGUGUGGUAAUGCUGAUAGUCUCCUAAAUAAUGUAGUGAAGAUUCGCAUUUUCAUAAUUGCAAAAACUGAGAAACACCUGUCUGGAGUGACUUCUUCUCCCUUAGCGAAUACUAAAUUAGAAACAAACCCUAUUAUUUUCUUUCAGGAAUAG